CUUUCCCUAUCUCGCGAUGGCUUCCAGCAAGAAUACGACUCCGAGAAUCGUCGAGCUCGCGGCUCAGAUUAGCAGUUCUGUCACCAAACUGCAAGAGAAGCUAUCAGCCCAAGGCGCGGCGACCCCGUCAUUUGCUGAGAAUGGCCCCGAGUUGCUGCCGGAGGAUGUUUCUAGUCUCAAAGAUGCGGUGCUUGAUGCAACUGCUGAGCUGCACGAGAUUCUCCUGGACCCUCUGCUUUUGCUCUUCAAAUUCGCCUCUAUUGAGAAUCUAGUUACCAUCGACGGAGUAUGCCGAUACAAAAUCCCGGAUAUGAUCCCUACAGGAGGCAAGAUCACCUUUGAUGAGAUUUCUGAAAAAACAGGCCUUGCAAAAUAUACUGUCAGACGUCUCGUCCGACACGCGAUUACCAUGCGCAUUUUUGACGAACCAGAGCAUGAAGUGAUCACACACAGCAAAAUUUCCAAGUUCUUGACCAUUCCUUACAUCAAUGGCUGGGUCGAAUUCGAGGGCCGAGACACCUGGCCUGCUAAUACGCGAAUCAUAGACGCGCUUCAGAAAUGGCCUAAUUCGCAAAUGCCAAACGAGACGGGUUUUGUUCUUGCCAACGAUGGCAAGACAGUCCCGGAGGUCAUCGCCUCCAACCCUGAAGUAGCAGCGCGCUUUGGAGCUGGAAUGGAAGCUAUCAACCUCGUUCCGGGUUACUCGAUCAAGAACAUUAACACGGUCUAUGAUUGGGCAUCCCUCGGCAACGCGACAAUUGUCAAUGGUAUGGGAUCUCGGGGCCAAGCUGCCUUCGAGUUGGCGAAGAACUUUCCGAAACUCAAGUUCAUCGUCCAAGACUCCAAGGACACCCUCGUAGGGGUAAACUCAACGAUCCCUUCGGAGUUGGCAGGCCGGGUCAAGUUUGACGAACACGAGCUCUUUGCGCCACAGGAUGCUAAGGCGGAUGUCUACUUCUUCCGCAUGGUCUUCCGAGGUCUGGGUGACGCGUUCGCGACCCAGGCUUUGAAGGCGCAGAUUCCGGCUCUUCGACCUGGAGUGAAGAUUCUCAUUCAGGAUGUGGUAAUGCCGGAGCCGGAAGCCAUUCCCUUGUGGAGGGACCGAUUUGCAAGGUCAGUGGAUUUGGCUCUCGAGUGCUUCUCCAACGGCCGUGAACGAUACCUAGACGAAUGGAAAGCUCUUCUUGCUGCCGCUGAUGAACGAUUCGUUCUUCAUAAGGUAUUCGUGCCCAAGGACUCCUUGCUGGGUAUCAUCGAGGUUCACUGGAAGGCCUGAAGGGAUCGGUCUCCUUGAAGAUCAGGCAAGGCACUACAAACCCCCCAGGCGCUGGUCAUUUUCGCAUUUGGGUCAUCACGGACAUAAUAGACUCUGUGGUCGUUGAAUCCUUUUUGAGUGUUUCUUUUAGAGUCAGUAUGUCAAUCAUUACAGCUUGGUUGGGAGACCCCUGAUCUAAGCCUGAGCACAUAUUGGAAGGUCCAAAAUUGGACCUGCACAACCCCUGAGCAUGAACGAAGGGGCCUGUUUAGGGAACAGGACACUCAGCUAUACUUUCCUAGUCUCGUGCAACUUUGUUUCGGCCAAGGCAGCUGUGGGAUCAAGAUAUUAUUAGCGCCAGCACAGCUACCACUUCUGUUAGGGUCUUGGCCAGCUGUUACGCCAAAUGCUGGAAUCAGGCUUGGAUCUAUGGACACAGUAGGCAUUACGGAAGCAGAGAUGACUGCCACUGGAAGAGCGAGAAUAGUAG